GAAAGCGCUGCCGGUGACCGCGUAUCGCGAGAGUGGGAGUGCAAGCGCACGCGUUGUGGAUUUUUGAGAAACACUAUCUGUGCGGGAUCGCCUUGUGUGCUGGGCAUUCGUUGGCCAGUCGUUCACGCGACCGACACACCGCAUCGAAGCGACGACUUGCUCCACCGGCGCCCUCGAACAUGGAAGGCAACUCUGAAAUCGCGGAGUUUUUCACCGGCAAUAGCGUCUUCCUCACUGGGAUCACUGGAUUUCUCGGGAAGGUGGUGUUGGAGAAGCUGUUGCGGUCAUGCCCCGAUAUCGGUAACGUCUACGUCCUGGUGCGUGAGAAGAAGGGCCUGAAGAGCAAGGACCGCCUCAAACAGAUCCUCAAUGAGAAGCUGUUCGCCACCCUGCAAGAUGAGCGCCCCGAGAUGUUCAGUAAGGUGGUGGUGGUGCCAGGUGACCUGGACGAACCGGACAUGGGCAUGUCCAACACAGACCGGGAACGCAUCAUCCAAGACGUGUCCGUCGUCAUACACGGCGCCGCCUCGGUGCGCUUCGACGAGCCACUCAGGGUUGCCGUCAACGCCAACGUGAGGGCGACCAAGCGUGUCAUCGACCUUUGCUACGAGCUACAGAACCUGAAGGUCUACGUCCACGUGUCGACGACAUAUUGCAACUGCCAUCAAAGGGAGCUCAGAGAAAUAGUCACACCUACACCAAUCAGCCCGUCGAACCUGCUCAACAUCGCAGAGUGGAUGGAUGACUCGAUGCUAGCAGCCCUGGAGCCGAAGCUGUACGAAGGUCGCCCCAACUCGUACACAUUCACCAAGGCCGUGGCCGAGAUGCUGGUCCAAGAGCACGCUGCCUCGCUGCCCACCGUCAUCGUCAGACCCUCCAUCAUCACAGGCACGGCCAAAGAACCAUUCGCGGGGUGGAUAGACAACUACAAUGGUCCCACCGGUCUUUUGAUCGCUCUGGCCAAGGGUGUACUAACAUCUGUCUACGGAGACAUCAACAAAGUGACCGACUUCAUUCCAGUCGACAUGGUUGCCAACUGCGUUAUCGCAGCAGCGUGGCAAAGAGGCUCUGGACGGAGCCAGAAGAUGACCGUGUACAACAUGAGCUCCGGCGCCGACAACCCGCUGACAUGGCACUACUUCCUGGAGUGCGUGCAGAAGAUACCCUACAAGAUCCCGUCCAAAGUGACCUUCCGCUACCCGCAGCCGCGCCACACCAACAGCAAACUGUUGCACAGGAUCCGCAUGUUCUUCCAGCACUACCUCCUCGCACAGGCUGGAGACGUGGCCCUGUGGGCCAUCGGAAAGAAGCCCAUGCUGUCGAGGCUAUACGAGAAGGUCGAGAACCACCUCGACAUGCUGGAGUUUUUCAGCACCAAUGAGUGGUACUUCUACAACGAAAACGUCAGGGCCCUCUACAGUGAACUCAACGCCACAGACAAGGACGUGUUCAACUUCGACGUGAAGACGAUCGAGUGGAAGCCGUACCUUCUGUCCUACUGCUUCGGCAUCCGAGAAUACGUGCUCAAGGAGGACCUGUCCACCGUCAAGGAGGGAAAGCGACAGCUGGCAAGGCUGUACGUCGUGAGCAAGGUGAGCAGCCUGCUGCUCAUUCUCGGAGCCUGGCGGGUGCUCAAGAUGAUCUCCUUGGAUCCGAUCGACAUGGUCUACACGGCCAGCAGCUACGUCCAAGAGCUCGUCGAUACCUUCUGAAUCACUGCGACGGCCUUCUCGUGUUUCUUGCCCCCAUUUCCCCCAUUUUAUACCUUGUGCAUUGGCGUGAGAAAGCUCCGACACUUUAUCCGCACAUGCACAGCUUGACAAAGAAUAUUUUUCAGAGCUCAGAAAACGAUAAUCGCGCACCAAUUUGACUUUUUGACUUCAUGGAGUCGACAGAGAGCUUUAGUGUGUCGCGUAGUCGUACCAUAGCGCGCAUGUAAAACGGAAUAUCGGCACACGUCUUCGGGAACAGCGGCGCUGCUGGCGCCAUAUCGUGACGCUGUGAUCAACUUCAUUGCACGCUAGAAGCGUUUUAAAUAGCACCACACUUCUUCGAAAAAGAAAAUAUAAAAAGACUUCAUGAUGAUCACAGUCGAACGCCUUUAUAACGAAGUGCUUGGGGCCUCCGAAACCAUUCGUUAUACAGGUCACUUCGUUGUAAAAGUCUGGCACCGCAACACUAACCUUAGAACCGGGACAGAAUUAUUCCUUCGUUAUAAAGGUCAUUUCGCUGUAGAGGCGUUCGUCUGUACUUUGUUGCCGACAUGUUUCCACCAACAGCUAAGUGGAAUAUGGCUGGCCGUUGCACUGAAGAUUUUCACACGCGUUCCUCAUAAAACGAUGUCACACCCUGUUGGCAAACAUUGCUGCUGUUUGCGUCUGCGUCUUUUGGUAUUCUGAUAGCCGAAUACGCUAGUACGUCUCGGCUCUGUUUACAUCGUCUAAUAAAUGCGGGACCAAAGUACGAGUCGGGGGCCGCGUUGAGAACAGUAUUUUAGUAACAGUGAAUACUAGGGCGUUUUAAUACCCCUUUGGCAGGACGAUUCUGCGUGCCUUGAACGGUGAAUGCUAAUUUACUACGAAAGUUCGGCCCUUUCACUUUUGCGUGUGUUGCAGUCAGACGCUGCCUUCUCAAAGCAGCGCGCAGAUGUACAUAUUGCAUAUUUCUGGAUUUCACAAAGCAGCGUAUACGUGUGUGGCUUCCCCCUCAUUUGGUUGCGACGCUAAGGCAGUGUCCGUCGUGGAGGUACGAGUGCACGCGUGUGCGAACGGAAGAGAGCAAGACUUUGUGUUAUUCGUUGAGUGCACCAUCACUGUACAUAUUAUGUAAAUACAUGCUUUAUGUUCAAUAAAUAGUACUCACGCACCUGC